CUUAGAAGAAGGGCUCAAAUAAAACGAAUUACAAAAAAUUAAAAAAUGUGAAUACGUGGACUCUUGUUCUUCCAUAAUAUCUGAUUUUACAAACACAAUUGAAUUUCUCAAACUCUAAAUUAGCAAUCAAAUUUUACAAUUCUAAAUUCUCUGUCACUCUCCAUCCCCUUUUGACCUUAUGUAGUUUGAUUGAAUAAAUUUCUUUUUCUCUUCCUUUUUUUAGAUUUUUCUUUUCAUUUACUUUUUUUAAUAUAUAUAUAAUUCCAAGUUUCUGUUCUUCCUUUUUUAUCUAUCAAUCUGUAAAUGGCAGAUGUUAUUGGGGUAUCUUCGUUUCAGUCGCUUCGCUUUUCGUCUUCGUUGGUGCUGGGUUCUUUCGCCUCUACGUUGAAUUCCCUCCCACCUAAUCUGAUUCUAGACAAGAAAAUUUCUCCUCUUGUUUAUUCUUCUGCUGCUGGUUUUUCUCGCUUUUCUUUCACGCCUAAGAAGCACUUUCUCUCCUUCAAGGCCCAUGCAACUGUCACUCAAAUUGACCAGCCAAAAUGGUGGGAAAAGAAUGCUCCAAAUAUGAUUGACAUUCAUUCUACUCAAGAAUUUCUGGGUGCAUUAAGUCAAGCUGGAGAUAAAUUAGUCAUUGUUGAAUUUUAUGGAACCUGGUGUGCAUCUUGCCGGGCAUUAUUUCCAAAGCUCUGCAGGACAGCGAAGGAACACCCUGAAAUAUUAUUCCUGAAAGUCAAUUUUGAUGAGAACAAGCCAAUGUGCAAAAGUUUGAAUGUGAAGGUUCUUCCUUUUUUUCACUUCUAUCGAGGAGCUCAUGGACAGCUGGAAGCAUUUUCAUGUUCACUUGCUAAGUUUCAAAAAAUAAAAGAUGCUAUCCAGCAGCACAGCACAGCUAGAUGCAGCAUCGGUCCACCGAAGGGAGUCGGAGAUCUGAGUCUUGAAGCUAUUUCCUCUCCAAUAGAGAAGCCAGCUGUAUGAAAUUAAGCCAAGGAUUUAAGCGUUAAACAUGAAUCUAUAUGUAUGUGUUAGUGUUAUCAUCUAUGUUGCUUACUGAAGAAGAAAAUCUGUAGCGAGGUACCACUGGUGCUAUUUUGUAUAUUGGCAUUUCCCCUGUAAAAGAACUACAGAAGAUUACAGUCGGCUUUAUUCUUUGUCAUUCUUGUUCUAUUUUUUUGUAUUUAUGUAUGUUAAAAAAACUGAAGUGGAAAUGAAAUUUCAAGUCCUGAAUAUUCAUUUUUACAA